CAGUUUUUAAAAUACUAAAAUCAAGUUUUUAAAAUGAAAUAAUUUAAAAAAGAGAGAAUGCUGAAUCUGGACCUACAUCCAUUAUAAAUGGGCCCAAACCUCCACUUAAAGCCCAAACUAAAUACUAGCCUCUAUGAAAGCUUAAACCCCCAAAACCCACGGCGUCUCAGACUUCUCUGCCUCUCUCUCAACUGUCGCCGUAUUUCUUCGCCGUCUUUCUUAUUCUUUCACCUUCGAAAGGUUUUGGAACUCGUAGGGGCUCAGAAGUCAGAAAAAUGGGGGUACCUUCAAAGCAGAAGAGAAAGGCUCGUGACAGUGACAGUGACAGUGAGUUUGAGGAUGAUUACGAUGUAAACAAUGACGAGCUAAUGAUGGAGCAGGAAGAGGAUGACUUUGAUGAUGAUCAGGAGGAGAAAGAAGAAUCAGAAGAUGAAGAGGAUGAGGAUGAAGAAGAAUCAGAAGAUGAAGAAGAAGAAGAGGGGGAGGGGGAAGAGGAAAAUGGUGAUGGGCAAGAUGAUAAUAAGGAUGCUGAGAUAGAAGAACUUGAGAAAGAAUACAUGAGUCUUCGUGAUCAGGAGCAGUAAGAGACUUCUGUUGACAAGCAUU